GAGGAAAGAAACGAAAUUGAUAAUAACAAUAGCGUUAGAUAGGAUGAUGAGAAAUUAGGUUACACGUGCUUUGUGUGAUUGAUUCUUUUAAUAUUUUUUUUUUGUAGACUCGAAGGAUAAAAUAUUUUUCAUGAUGAAAAUGAAAUUAUUGUAUUCUUGUUUCAAAUUCUAUGAAAAAGUUAUUGUUUUAAAUUCAGGCAGCCACUGUUGGAAUUCUGAAAGAAAUCAUGUAUUUCAUUCAUUUCGUUCAUUUACAAAAUUAUUAGGAUUUAAAUCAACAUUUACUCAAUUACGAUAUUUGACAAAUUCUAUUGUAAUACCUCAAGCAAAUGUUGAAGAAAUGAAAGGUUUCCUAAAUGAUAACAAAUUACCAUUUGAUGAAGGUCCUAUGUGUCUUCACUUUCAUUGUCCUCAGUGUAAGGAGGAAAAGAAAAAAAAUUCUAUAAUGUUUCUAAAUAUAAAAACUGGUAAUUUUAUAUGUUAUUCUUGCAAGCAAACAGGCUCAUGGAAUAAGUUUCAAGAGUAUAUUUCAUUAUUAAAAUCAAAUAAUCUGGAGAAAAUAAAGAAAUCGCAAUUAGAAGAGGAUUGCAUUUCAUUAUCAGAUAAAGAACAUAAAGAAAUUAAUGAAGUGUUACAGUCAACAAAAAAUAUUUCGGAUUUACCUGAUAAAGAAAUAAUGACUAUAUUAAGGCAUUUUGAUUGUAAAGGUUUGAAAACUGAAACUAUAAAAAGUUUCAAUUUAAAAGUCAAUGCAGAUUAUUCAAGACUUUUCUUUCCAAUGAAUGGAAUUGAUGGUGAAAUUACAGCAGUGAAAAUUCUUUCAAGGAUAAAUCAUCAAUUUUUUCAAGAUUUAAUUAUUCCAAAGUACAACAAGUAUUUAGUUAAAAGUUGUAAAAUGUUUAUAUUAAUUUGCCUUAUGAAACUUAUCAAAAGUAUAAAUGUCACUCACAAAACCAAAAAUCCAGCUCAUAGAUCAAAAAGUGAAAGGAAAACAAAUAUUUUCAAUAGUCUUAAACAACCACCUUCAGAUUAAAAGAAUGGAUUUGAAAAUGGAACAAGAAAUGGAAUGUUAUAAUUUGAAAUAUGAAAAAUGACAUCUGAUUAGCAGUCAGUGGUCAUAUGGUUACACUGGGAUGUAAAAAUAAUAAUAAAUUUCAUAAACUAAAUGACAGCCUUAAUUAAUGAGGCAAUUUUAUGCUACCAUUAA